AUGAGCAAGGCGGUCAGGUCGCUGAGUGACUCCGAAGCGCAGGCCUGGGGAGCGGAAGAUGACAUGACAGAUGGGGACUUGGGGUAUGGCCUCGGACGAAGACCCGGUGGGAUUUAUGAAGGAGACAUUUCGCACCUAUUUACCUCCAGAAGAAGAUGGGAUGGAAAUAACGUGAGCCCACCUCCGUGCCCCGGCAAGGGGGCAGAAAGCGGUGGCGCCAUUUCGCAGUUUUCCAAGUGUAAGAGCGUGCCAGGUGCCGAUUCUCCAGGGCACAGAGCCCCCGGGGAUGGACGACAGUGUGAUUCUAAUUCAGAAUUGUCAACUGUAGAAUUAAAGCAACGUCUUCAUGAAGCUUUAGAGGAGGUAGAAGUUUUAAAAACUGAGCUUGAAGCAUCUCAAAGACAACUUGAAGGUAAAGAGGAAGCACUGAAAAUUCUUCAGAGCAUGGCAAUAUUUGGUAAAGCCACAAGUCACACCCAGGCAGUGCUUCAAAAAACUGUGCAACAAAAGCGGUCCUUGGAGAAGGAAAUAAAUACCUUACAGUGGGAAAUAGAAUUUGAUCAAAACAGAUUUAAAAAUCUUGAGGAAUCUUGGAUCCAAAAAUAUGACAGAUUAAACUGUGAAAAUGCAGUCCUCAAAGAAACUUUGAAAUUGAAAACCAAAGAAAUUAAAAUACUAAAGUCUGAAAAUGCAAUUCUGAAUCAGCGGCAUUUGGAGGCCCUUGCGAUGCUGGAGAUCAGACAGCAGACGACGGCUCAGGAAGCCAGGGGCCACAGUCAGAGCAGCUGCUUUACGGAGGUCUCAGGUCUGGAGCUUGCCGUCCUGGGAGCCUGCCUUUGUCACGGACCUGGAGGGAGCCCCUGUUCCUGCGCCAGAAUGGGGGCCUCCACUCGCCGACUGCUGCUUCAGCUCAAGCAAGAGGUACUUACUGCGCGAACAAGGCAGCCAAAGCAUCGGAGACACAACAACGAAAAAAAUCCCGGGGAAGAGACGUUUUCACUCAAAAACCCCUGGCAUAAAACCUCAGAGUUGCCUGGUUUGCAUGAUCCUAUAAAUUCAGAUGCCCACACUUUUCAUUCUAUGACCCGCAUGUCUUCGAACCCUCACCCUCAAGCAGAUCAAAACUAUACACGGACUCUUAAGAAAUCCCAUUCUUUGCCAUCAGGUAUCAUGUUUUGAAUGUUGCUACAUCCUGAGAAGUUGUAUGUGUGCCUGGCACUUCUGAGUUUUAGGAGGCAGCUUAAAUAAUGAAACGCUAGAAUCUAUUCUACAAGAAUUUCAUUAGUAUUCUGUAUGGAUGUAUUUUGUUUUUUAAGUUACAUUAAUAUAUUUUAUGAAUUUUUCAGUUUGCUAAGAUCUUAAAAAAAAUGAUUGGUAGGAAGAAAAACUAACAACCUCAUUAAUUAGCUAUGUAGGUUCACUCAAGGAUUAUCCCACUGGCUAAAACAACCGUAUUCCAAUACAAAGUAACAAUGCCUAGGAAUGACUGUUGAAAUAAUAUAUUUAUCUUGCUUUAUUUGCCUUUAAGAUUUUUUCCAGAAUGUGUCAUAUAAGGUUUUGAAAUAACAGUUCUUAAGUAAAUGUCAAUUAAAACAAAUGAUGAUGCUGGGACUCUGGCCCAAGUAUAUUCCAAGUCACUGCUGGCUGCCUUCAUAGCCUUGGUUUAAAUGUUUUUUUAUCAUUUUAUAGCUAGGUCUACACAGAAUUCUGACAAUCAGACCAUUUUGAAUUAAUUUCUUUGUUUCAUUUUUUU